CAGUCUGUGUGCGGACCGCGCGGGCCUCGCUCGCUGCCUGCAAAGUGCCGGUCGGUCGGUCGGUCGGGACGCGCAGUGGAGUGAAGUGGAGUGCUAUGCGGCGCUGGGGCCAGCCGCCGCGGCCGGUCGCGCGCCACCGCUCUCUCCGAGCCGACUGCUGCUGCUGAUCGCUGCCGACUCCUCCACAGCCACCGCCGCAGACAUGCGCCGCCGCGUGCUCAGGUUGCUGAUGGCGGCCAGUGUGCUGAUGGUCUCCUAUGGCAAGACUGCCAGCAAGUAUCCGCUGCAGGUGCACGGGCCGUCGCAGCAGCGGCUGGGCGCGCCCGGCCACUGGGCUCCAUGGUCAGCGUGGUCGCCCUGCUCCAGGACCUGCGGCGGCGGCGUCGCCGUGCAGACCAGGGACUGCCGGCCUAUGGAGACCCGGCGCCGUCGCCGGUUGACGGAGCCGCCGCCUCGCAGCCACUGCGUGGGCGUCUAUAAGCGCGUCCACGUCUGCAACGACCAGGAAUGCCCACCAGGGUCAAAGGACUUCCGUAGCGCGCAGUGCGAAGCUUUCAACGGAAAACCCUUCAUGGGACGCCUCUACCUCUGGGAGCCCUUCCUGCAGGCGCCCAACCCGUGCGAGCUGAACUGCCGCGCGGCGGGCUUCCGCUUCUACGCAACGCUCAACAAGACUGUGGUGGACGGAACGCCUUGCCGCGGGGAGGCGCCGCCGCCCGCCAGGCACGUGUGCGUCGCGGGUGUCUGCCAGCGAGUGGGCUGCGACGGCGUGGUGGGCUCGGGGCGCGUGGUGGACGCGUGCGGCGUGUGCGGCGGCGACAGCAGCGCGUGCCGGCGCGUGGCGGGCCUGUUCACGCGGCCCACGCUGCCGCCCGGCUACAACCUGGUGGCCACGCUGCCGCGCGCCGCCUGCAACGUCACCGUCGCCGAGCUGCGGCCCUCCAGGAACUUCCUCGCGCUGCGCCGCCAGGACGGCAGCUUCAUCCUGAACGGCGACUGGGCGGUGGUGCGACCGGGCGAGUACGACGGCUUCACGUACCGCCGGCACGACCCGGAGUCCAUCACGGCGGCCGGCCCGCUGCGCGGCCCCGUCGACAUCAUGAUCAUCUAUCAAGAACCAAACCCGGGAAUUAAAUACGAAUAUAUGCUGCCGAUGAAGGUUGAUCCUGUUCCACCCAUUCCAGGUAUCAACCCCCGACCAAACGACAAACACCUGAAGGACGGUUCACCUCUGAACGGACUGGACAAAAGCCCUGCGUUCCCGCACGGCACGGGCGUGCAAGCCACCGAGUCGCAGCCGGCGCCGCCGCCAGCGCGACCCCGCGGCCGCCGCCGCAAGUUCGUCUGGCGCGUCACCGGCUUCUCAGAGUGCUCGCAGACCUGUGGUGGAGGCGUGCAGACGGCGGUGGUGCAGUGCGUGCGGGAGGCGACGCAGCAGGUGGUGCCCGAGAGGCGCUGCCCCGAGAAGCGGCCGCCCCCGCAGACGCGCCGCUGCCACACCAAGCAGCCCUGCCCGCCGCAGUGGGAGGCCGGCGAGUGGAGCCCCUGCUCUGUGAGCUGCGGCCGCGGCGGCUCCCAGGCGCGCUCCGUCGUGUGCCGCCAGCAGCUGACGGCGGAUCUCAACAUGGUCGUGACGGACGGCGCGUGCGCCAUGACGCCGGCGCCGGCGCGCUCGCAGCCCUGCGACGGGCCGCCCUGCCCGGGACACGAGCCCGAGUGGCGCGCCGGGCCCUGGGGAGAGUGCUCAGCCCCAUGCGGCCAGGGCAAUCGUUCGAGAGCCGUGAUGUGCCAGGGCCCUUACGGGCAGAGUGGCGAGGAGGAGUGCCCUCAGAGUGACCGCCCUGCAGAUGAGGAGCCCUGCAACAUGGGGCCCUGUCCCGAGACCAGGAGUCUCAAGCACUCCUGGCUUUACACUGAGUGGAGCCAACAGUGCUCCCAGGAGUGCGGGACAGGUAUCCAGACGAGGCGGGUCAUCUGCUCUGAAGGCCGUGAUGCAACUUGCGAUGCUAGCUCCAAGCCAGAGGACCGGCGCGCCUGCUCCAGCCAGCGCCAUUGUGCCGGCCAGUGGUUCGCAGGACCCUGGGGACAGUGUUCAUGUGGCUUGGGCCGACAGACCAGAUCUGUGAUCUGCAUUGCAACUAUUCGUGGGCAACAAAGAGUAACUCAUGACUCCAGCUGCCCCCACGGAUUAAAACCACCAGCUGAGCGCAACUGUCAAGCCGAUACUUGUCCAUCUGAAUUAUGGUUCACCUCUGACUGGUCACAGUGUUCCAGAACAUGUGGCACUGGUGAACAAAGUCGUGAAGUACAUUGCCUCGAUGAAAAGCAGAAGUUGGCAAAUAACUGUCCGGAGGAACUUCGACCACCUGCACGAAGAACAUGCAAUACACAUGAAUGUGGGACACAGGCUGUGACAUCUGGUGACACAGAAAAAAGAGGAAGCACACAUCAUAUUAAGUCAAAUGAUAAUCCAGUGCAGAACAAUGGUGUAAAUGACCAGGCUAUUCCAGAUAACAAUGGUGCUGAUGAAGUUCAUCACAAAGGGAACGACUGUGUAGACAAAUUUCCAAACUGCCACCUUGUUGUACAAGCUCGACUCUGCAAGUAUAAGUAUUAUCAUAACAACUGCUGCCAUUCCUGCCGAAAGAAAUUCUAAAUGCAUGCAGUGAAUAUUAGCUUGACAGGGAUGCUGUCAAUACCAUACUGUUACUCCUCUACCUGGUUACUAAUUAAGAGGUUUUUAAUGUAUGGCCCAAUGUGUUUUGUCACAAAUAAUGAUAUGCUUGAAUCAUUAUAAUACAGAGCACAUGAUUUAUGUUCUAAUUGACUGUUACUCAGACUGAUUUUAGGCAUAUUGAGGUGUCCCUUGCAUUGUGGCACAUAAUUGAUGACUAAAUGUGAAUUUAUGUUAAGGCAUUUGAUAUGCAAUGCAUGUGAUUCAUCCUGCAGCUUUUCAAAAUGUGUUCAAAGAAAAUCAGUCAUUAUCAUGCAUGCAUGACCUAUGUAUUUUAAGAAUGCUUGUGCACUCUUUCUUUGGGAAUACUGCUGCAGUUAGCACUUUUAUUAAGUGCUGCAUUUACACAUAUUAGUGGCAGUUACAGUGCACCAAAUACAGUUUAGUAAUGCCAGACUGUAAUAAACCUUAUAAUCACUCAGAGAAAGGUAUAUUUGUGGUGUAAGACAUUUCCAGCAGAAGUUUUGUGAUAGUUAUAAGUGCCAGCACGAGUUACUUCUGUUACAGGAUAGAAGGAGUUUAUGUUGUACCAAAAUCACUUGUGUUCAGUUUAAUUGCAACUAUGAUUAAAUCAUAGAAACAGACUUCUUACUGUAGAUAAUGAUAUCUGUCUUGUGGUUAUGAAACAAUUCUUUUUCACUGUACUGUAGCAUUUAAUGUAAUGCUCUUUGCUCUUAUGAGAUCAAAAUAUUGAAAUUAGAUGGUAGCUUCAUGUUGUUGGAAGUGCUAAUCUGUAUAUCUGUAAAACUGUUCUUGCCUGCUGAAUUGAUGUUCAAGAUGACGAAAAUACAACUGGUAGCCAAGAAAGUCCAGUGAACCAUUCUGCAGCACAAUGGUGAAUUACAACAGAAAAAUAUAUAUUCGACAUUCUCUUGCAGAUACCCUGCAGUCAUUUUGUUUACAGUUUUGGCAUUGUGUGGCCAGAAAAUGGUGCAAACUUAAAAAUUUAUACAUGUAUUAAUAAAAUUGAGAACAAUAUUACAUAAACCUGCCGAGUGUAUGUGGUACAGCAGUGCUGGCUGUGAACCCAUUUUGUGAAAGCAGCAGUAAAAUAAUUUUGGAAAAAUUGUGGCUUUUAUUCAGUCUUUUGUUUAUAUAAUUCAAUAUAAUGUGCCCAAAUUAACAUUUAAAUUGGUAACAACAAGAAAAUUCUGUAUUUUUCUAUUGUCUACUGAAAGUUAAGUAAUUGUAGUGUACUGAGGCUGACUUGUAAUUUCAUCUGUCCUAACAGUAAAUCAGCAGAUGCAGGGCAUUUAUUUACACAUUUUAAUGAUAUUUUUCAUUUGUAAGAUCUGAAUUUUCUGUGUGCUUUAAGAUAGUUGUAGAUACUGUAAUGAUGUUCAGUAUAAAGGUGAAAUCUGUUACUCAUCUUAAGGACUGAUGAUAUAAUGUUGCAAGAGUAUACAGAAUGAGUUUAUGCAAAGUGAGGAAAUAUUCUAGGAUGUCAUUGUAUUGAAAACUCUGAAAAUUGACCAUCUAAGACAUAUGAAUCAUUAAUAUUGAAGUGACAUUUUUUAAGAAAAAUAGAAACACAAACUUAAUGAACUUUGGGUUUACCUGUCUGUAGACAUAUCAUAAAACAUAAUAUCAGUGUUUGUUAAUCAAAAUCAAAACUUAUUUUAUCAAUUUGAGAAGAGCUGUUGGUAACAGUUUAACAGUUAUUAAAACAUUUCAUUGAGGAUUAUUUGCUAGACUGAUAGGACACCAAAGCAAAGAACAGUGAUCAUCUUGUAACUGAACUGUGAAGAAUUUUCAGCGUUGUCCUUUCUGUACAUGUGUAAAUAUUAAGUUAUGUAAUUAUAUGAAAUUGUGUUGCAGAAAUGUUCUUUGAGUAUGUUGAUCCAAGUAUUUCAUUUUGUAUUAUUUUACAGCUUUAUGUAGUAUUGUGCCAAUUAUUAUUUCUGUGAAAAUAAAUUUAACAGUAGUUAUAAGA